AUGGCGGGUUUAGGAGCUACUGCUGCUACUUCAGUCAAGAUGAUACUGAUGACUUUUGGUGGAGCCAUCGCUGUUGUAUCAUGCAUUAUAGCUAUGGCCAUUUUCAGUAUUAUUCCAACUUUCACUUCUAAUCAUGCUACUGAAGGAUAUGGAGAGGAAUACAGAUGCCCAGCUAUAAUGCUCAAGUCCAUAUAUACGACAACUACAACGGAUAGUUUUGUGAAUGGAAGUAUUGCUGAUAAUCCAUCAUUAUCCACUCUUUCCACUUCGGCAUAUAAAUCACUUACAUCACAAAGCAAUGUUUAUGGGUGUAUCGUAGAGAAUAUGCGUGGAUGGAUGGGAAGUAAUGACAGUACUACCACUUCAAGACGUCGUCGACGCGCAACUACAAUGGGAUUAUACAGUAUUGGCGAUAUGAGAAUUUUUUACUCGACUCCAUGCUCUAAACAAAGUGAUGUAGGUAAAUACUCCAAUGCAACUAGUAUCAGCGGCUGUGUUAAAGCUCGUUUAACCGCGGCCAAUUCAAUAUUUACGAAAUCAGGAGCUCUCACUGAAUGGACUCCAGUGCCUAACUCACUUGUUUAUUCUAUUGUCAACUCCGCAUUAACAGCCUAUGAUUCAUUAAGUAUAACAAGAAUUUUUGGAGUUCGCCCAAGCAAUGCUGCUUCAAUAGCCAAUAGUUUCACUGUUCCCGUUCCCGCUGCCACCCAAAGUGCCAUCCUUGCCGGUUGCGUUUAUGAAGGACAAUUAUCACACUCUGCAAUAGCCGCCAUUAUUGCAUCUCAAUAUACAGAAUCAACUACUUUACCUACCGCUACAACAGUUAGUGGUUAA